GAAACCCCGGAAUUCGUACCGGCGUGUGUGAGAUAUCUUUCAACUCCAAUCCAAAAUAAUUCCACGUUUCGCAUUCAUUAGAUCCCCCAUCCGAGAAACCUUUUUCUGGUCGCCACCACCCUUGGGCAAAUCAGCUCCCAGCACCCUCGAACGCAGUCGACAUGUCCACCGGAGCGGCCAUCGUGCUGAGCGCCACUGUCGCCGGCGCUACCUCUGCGUGCCUCCUCCAGCGACAGCGCUCCCUCCGCCUCCCUCGCGUGUCAUGCCACCGGGGAAGCCACGAUCGAAGCGAGGAUCCUCGGCCGACCCUGCUGCAACGGCGAGGCUUGCUGAUCGUCGGUUUGGGAGGGCUAUGCAGCGUGGCCGCGGGGCCGAUCGUGCUCGCGGAGCCGGUGGAUUCGUCCAAGCUAACGGCGAUGGAGACCGAGGACGAGCUGCUGCGCGUGGAGGAGUUCGGAACGCAGCCCCGGAGGUUGGACCCCACCAGGCCGCUCCGGGUGUUGGUGGCGAGGCCCAAGAAGAGCCGCACCAAGGCGGAGAAGGAGCAGGAGGUGGAGGUACUUCAGAUCAACGGCAUACAGGUGGAUCCGAGAAGGGCAACUCGCUUCGAUGUCUACAUCGCUGCCCCGCGCGGCGACCUCGCAGGGCCGGGUCUUGGGGAGUUCGCAGGCAUCUUCCUGAAGCUGCCGUACAAAAGGGAGGACAGCGUCGUCGUGAGGACGGCAGGUCUCAAGCUGGGUCUCACCUCACUGCUGGACGACAUGAAUGCCGAUGACGCUGAAAAGCUGGUGGUCUCUUUGGUUCUUCGUGCGGGCGACGUUACUGUGGGAGAUAUUAGUAUCAAUCUGAGGAAGACUGAUAUGGCCAGAGAUAUGUAGAAGAUUAUGU